AAGAGGCGAAAGGUUGAGGGGGCGGGGCGAGGAGGGGCGGGGCGGUGCCUGGGCACCCGCCGCCUCUGCCAUGAAGAGGAUCUUCGGCCUCAGCAGCAAGGGCCAGGCACCCUUGAGCCCCUCGCGCCCGCGGAGGAGUUCCAGGGGUGCGCGGUGCCGCGUCUUCGACAGGUCCGUGCGCAAGCUCCACAAGGCUGCGAGCGAGGGCGACGUGGCCAGGGUGCAGCACCUCCUCCUUCUUGGGAAGAGUAGCCUGAAUGACAGGGACGAGAAGCGCAGGACAGCUCUGCAUUUCGCCUGUGCCUAUGGCCAUCCAGGAGUGGUGACUCUCCUGGUAGAGAGGAAGUGUGACAUCGAUGCCUGUGACAGUGACAAUAACACCGCACUGAUUAAGGCUGUGCAAUGCGACCAGGAGAAAUGUGUGACUCUUCUCUUGGAACAUGGUGCAAAUCCAAACGUUGCCAAUGCCAGGGGCAACACCGCUCUUCAUUAUGCGAUCUAUAGUGAAAACACAUCGAUAGCGGCAAAACUGCUUUCACACAGUGCAAAUGCUGAGGCAAAAAACAAGGAUGGCCUCACACCACUUCUGCUUGCUCUAAGGGAAAACAGACUGCAAGUGGCAGAACUGUUAGAAAAGAAAAAAGCAAAUAAUGCAGUGGAUAAGCCUGGAAGGCAACUUUUUGAAUAUGAAGAAAAGAGACCUAAAAAUUCUCAAAAUAGCCAUCCAGUGCUUGGAACUGAACCUAGGACUUCAUACGUGCCAGUGCUCGGAACUGAACCCGGGGCCUCAUGCAUGCCAGUGGAUGAGAAUUCUAAUGAUGACUCUUUAACCAGGUUUUCCAGCAAACCUGGUCCUGAUGAUUCCUGGCCUACAUCAGAUGAUGAUGACUAUCUUUUUGAUAAUGAGAAUGUCCCCAAAGUAAACCUAACUGAACUAUGGGCUGCUGCUCAGCAAUCCAGAAAAAAUCAAGCAAAAUAUGGCAUUGGGGAAACAGGAAAUAGAACAUUGAUUGACAAUAGUCCUUCUGAUAAUAAAAACAAAGACAUGGUUGAAACCUUUUCUAAAACAUCAGUCAAUGUCCAGGACUUUUCUCAGUCUUCCUCUUCUUCACCAUCAUCUGAAGCAAAAGAAAAAGCAACAGGGCCAGUAAUUAGAAAAGAAGAAAAUGGUGCUUUUGUUAUUGAAAAUGCUUCACAAGAGCAAACACAUGACAAUGUGACUAAUGUUGAUGGAGGGCAGAAAAAUUAUAAAAGCGAUAUGAUGUUUGCACUGGGAUUAGGAGAAGAUGAUGAAUCGCCAUGGGACUCUGAGAGUAUCUCUGAGAAUCUUCCACAGAAGUCUGUUGAUCAUUUAUCUGGGGCUGCAGAUGAACAAGGAAAACAUGUAGGAAAUAGACAAGUAGAAGAUGUGGUUUAUAUACCUUCUUGCAUGAGUGGAUCAAGAAACUUUAAGAUGACUAAACUAGAGGAUACAGGAAAUGUAGGCAUACCUGUAGCCCACAAGGAAUCACCUGAGAGACAUCUUCACUUGAAGCCUGCCACUGAAAUGAAAGAUCCUGUUCUGAAUGAAGCAGUUGGAGGGAAGGAUGUACAGACACUUAAAUCAGAAUUUGGGAAGACAACCUUAAUAGAAGAACCAGAUCUACAAGUGACAUCAAAGGAAGAGCAGAAAAGACUUGAUGGCUGGGAAAAUAACCAAGACCAGGUUGAAGAAAAAAGGAAGCAAAUGAGUAAUGAAAUGGAAGUAUCAGAAAACCAGUAUGAUGCCACUGUUGCCAAUGCUGAUAACGACAGUGAUGGGUUAAUGCAACAAAGAAAGAAUGGGGAAGCUGUUAGUCAGCGAUUUCCUGUUAAGAAGAAUGAAGAACACGAUAGCAGUGAGCCUGUCUUGCCUUUGAGGAAAGUAAAGAAGAAUGAAAAUGAACAGUGGAGCUCCACAGAAUCUGUGACUUCCCCAGUGUUUCAGCCGGCCGGUUCCCUUGCUGGUGGUCUACUACAAGUGAAGAGCGGUUGCAAGUUACAUGACAGAGAUGAAGAUGAAGGAAGGUCCACAAAGAAAACAUCUAAUGAAAAAAACAAGGUCAAAAAGAAGAAAAAUACUGUGGACGACCUUGAUGACUUAUCCCAGUCAUCUGAAACACCCUCAGAGGAUAGUGAGUUGCCUUACCCUAAGUAUGAGAAUAUUUUGCUGCUAUUUGAACAACUGAGAAUGGAGUGCAAAGAUUCUAUUAGUGUAUUAAAAAUCUGGGAUGCCUUACAUUCAUAUAAAACAGUAAUAGAACUUAAAAAAGAUCAAGAUGAACUACUUACAGGAAAAAUUAAAAAACUGGAAAAUAAGUUGAGGGAACUACAGAAGGAGCUAACGGAAACAAAAGAAGUGAAAUCACAGUUAGAACAUGAGAAAAUACAACGAGAAAGAGAAAUUGGCAAUUUAAGAUUUGCCUUAAAACAAGAAGAAGAGAAGAGAAAAAAUGUUGAUCAGUUUUAUGAAAAAAUUAAAGAACAGUUAAGAAAAAAGGAAGAACAAUACUGUCAAGAAGUUGAAGCAAAACAGCAACUUGAAGUUUCUCUUAGAACACUGGACUUGGAACUGAAGACUGUAAGAAAGAAAUUGAAUCAGGUUUUAGAAGAACAAAAUGACACUCAGAGGCAACUUUCUCGAGAACAGAAUGCCCGAAUGUUACAAGACAGGAUUCUGGCAAAUCGCCUUUGUGAACAAAAGGAGAUAGAAAUGACACAAGAGAAAAUGAGUCCUGAGGUUUCUGUUAGUCACGAAGAAGAUCUGUUGCAUAAAAAUCACAGGUUACAGGAGGAACUUGCCAUGAUUAGACUAGAAAUAGAUGCAAUAAAAAAUCUGAACCAAGAAAAAGAAAAGAAAUAUCUGGAAGAUAUUGAAAUUGCAAAUAAAAAGAAUGAUGACCUCCAGAGGACAAUAAAAGUGAAUGAGGAAACAUUUACAAAAACAAUAUUCCAGUAUAAUGGGCAGCUUAAUAUUCUGACAGUAGAAAAUACAAUGCUAAAUUCUAAACUAGAGAAUGAAAAACAAAACAGGGAAAGACUGGAAACAGAAAUUGAAUCAUACCGUUCCAGACUGGCUGCUGCUGUGCAUGAUUAUGAUGAAAGUCAGACAUCUAAAAGAGAACUAGAACUUGCUUUCCAGAGAGCAAGAGAUGAGUGGUUUCGUUUACAGGACAAGAUGAAUUCUGAUAUAUCUAACCUAAAAGAUAACAAUGACAUCCUUUCCCACCAGCUUUCUAAAGUGGAAAAAAAAUUCAAUAGCCUAGAAAUUGAGCUCCAUCAUACAAGAGAUGCUCUUAGAGAGAAGACUUCAGGUUUAGAACAGGUACAAAGAGACCUAAACCAAUCACAGUGUCAAAUGAAAGAAUUGAAACACAUGUAUCAGGAUGAGCAAGGAAAAGUGAAUAAGUACGUGGGAAAGCAGGAAUCUAUGCUGGAGAGAUUAUCUCAACUACAAAGUGAAAAUACAUUGCUUCGACAGCAGUUGGAUGAUGCUCACAACAAAGCUGACUGUAAAGAAAAGAGAGUAAUUAAUAUCCAAGACCAGUUUCACGAGAUUGUGAAAACACUUCAAGGUGAGAGUGAAAAACAAAGCCUCAUGCUGGAAGACAGAAAUAAAGAGUUACUCCAUGAAUGCAGUCAUUUAAAAGAAAGACUGUGUCAAUAUGAAAAGGAGAAAGGAGAAAGAGAAGUAGUUGUGAGACAACUUCAACAAGAACUGGCUGAUACCUUAAAAAAGCAGUCUAUGUCAGAGGCUUCACUGGAAGUUUCAUCACGUUAUCGCAUUAAUUUAGAAGAUGAGACACAGGAUUUAAAGAAGAAAUUAGAUCAAACCAGAAGUCAAUUGGAAGAAGCACAGGAUCAACACACAGAAGCUGUGCGACACGCAGAGAAGAUGCAAGAACGCCUACAAAAGCUUGAACUUGAGAAUUCCAGGUUAAAAGUUAAAAUAAAAAAGCAAGCAGGGAAAACUGAACAUCUUCAGAAAAACGUAUUAAGUACAAAUUUGUCUGAAAAUGAUAAGGAACAGUUAAAGAAACUUACUGAGUUAAAACAAUCUCUGGAAUAUACUUUGGAUGAAGAAAAGAAGAAAAACAAUGAAUUAAAAAAAGAGCUAACUGGAUUUAAGAAACUUUUUAAAAUGACAGAAACAAAGUUAAAUGCUGAGGAAAAUGGAGAGUUUUAUUUUCAUGGAGAUUUAAAAUCCAGUGAAUUUGAAAUGGAUAUUCCAAUUAACAUGAUAAUACACAAGAUUGAUAAUCUUGCAGCAAAACUGGAAACUACAUCUUCUAAAUGUCUACAUCUGGAUAAAAAUAAUCAAUUUCUCCACCAGGAGUUAUUAUCUCUGAAAAAUAUACAAAAGAAAUGUGAAACACUAGAGAAGAAUAAAAGAAAGCUGGAACAAGAAGUAGUAAACCUCAAAAGAUACAUAGAAGAAAAUGUGGUAGAACAUGGCCAACUACAACAGUAUAAGCAGGAGAUUGAAGAAAGAGCAAGACAAGAUUUAGUGGAAAAAUUAAAACAAGUCAAUUUAUUUUUACAGACACAAGCAGCAUCUCAAGGACAUUCAGAACAGUUAGGAGAGAGUAAUAAUGCUUCAAUGAGAAGUCAGAUGGAGCUCAGAAUUAAAGACCUGGAGUCGGAGCUCUCUAAAAUGAAAACUCAAGAAGAUUCCAAUGAAAUACAACUGGAAAAAUAUAAGCAACUCUAUAUAGAAGAAUUCAAAACUAGAAAAUCAUUGUCCAGUAAGCUAAACAAGGCUAAUGAGAGGCUAGAAGAGGCCAAUACCAAACUUCUGGUGGAGAAACAGCAAAGCAGAUCUUUGCUGAGCACUGUUAGUACAAGACCUGUCCUAGAGUGUCCUUGUGUCGGAAAUCUUCAUCAUAGUUUGGCGCUACACAGAAGUUUUCCUCCCAGAGAAAACUUAGUGGUUCAUACGUUAAACCCACAGCCUUCGAACAACAGCAUGGAGAGCUACCUCACCAAGAUGCGCCAAGAGUUGGAAAAUAGUAUAACUAGAGAACUAAGAGAAGCUACUGCUGAACUGGAAGCCUUUAAAGUUCCUCCCAGAGGAUCUGCUCAUAAAUCCAGUCAAGAUCUAAUUUCAGAAGCAUCCCAAGAAUAUAAGGAGAUUUUAAGGAGAAGAUACAUGAUCUAAAAAGAUAACAUCUUAUUUCUUGGACUUUAUAGAUAACGUUGUAAUUAUUUUCCAUAAGGUGUACGACAUGAAAACUUUGUUGAAAGAAAAAAAUUUUGUAUCAUAUACAUGAAAAUUUAUGUACUAUUUUAAAUGAUUUCUUUACAUCUGUAAUUUUUAAGUGGUGUUUGCAAGUAAAAAUCAGUGUUGCUGAGUUUUAUGUACUCAGACUUCCCAAAUGCCAGCUAUUUUAAAUCCACCCAACCAACUUGUCAUUAAUACUUUGUUAGAGUGAAAUAUAAUGUUACUGAUAUUUUGAAAA